GAAUUUAUGUAGUUCAGAAGCUUAGUGUGUCUCUUUUAAAGAAGCUGAUCAUCUGCGCAUCAUUCGUUUGAUUGUACCGUCGGUUUACUCCUGACAUCUAGUGGAGUUUUAGUUUGAUAGUUAACAAUUUUCAUCUACAACUUUCAUAAAUCCUACUUUGUUUUUGUCUACCUGAUACCGUCCGUAUUACUACUAAAUUUCUUGCAGAAUUUCAGUGAGUCGAUAAAUGGGAAAGAAAAAGCUCAGCAACACACAGCCCUCGUGUGAUUUUUCUUUCAGUAAACAUGGUUUGGAGGAUUUGGAGUCAUUAUAUCCCACGCUCAUAAAAGUUGCCAGAUGUAAUGAAUUGCCCUUACUGGAUUUAUCUUCAAUUCAAAUGGAUUUGGAGCAAAUUCUGGCUAGCGUAGUAGAGCGUGUUAUUUGUCUAAAAGCUGAGUCCAAAGGGAAGGGUUUACCUGUUAAUCUCAUUUCUUCACUGAAAUGUCAAAAAGGAGGCUGUGAGCCUGAAUCUAACCAACAAUGCCUCUCGAAAUCUUCGUUGGUUGUUAAAGCUAAUCCUGACAAACCACUUACUUUAAUAAUAUCUCAGCGCUCAGGUCCUUCUCCGAAUUCUCAAUCAAUACUACCUGCUAUUUCUAGUGGACUUAGCAAGGUCAAACCUUCAGUGAGUGCAUUCGGCCUGCGACGGUCCAGCAGGUCAUCCGUUGAAGAAGCACCUGAGCCGAAUUCCCCCACAUCUGAUAAGAAUCAGUUGUCUGCAAGUUAUGCUAUUCCGAAUAAAUUCUGGGAAUUAAUGGAACCAUAUUGUGCUGAAAUAACGGAGGCGAAUGUCAGUUACUUAGAAAGCCUUAUCCGAUCAUAUCAGCAUUUGGAGUCAAUUUACUUUCAUUUGCCUGUACUUAGACAAAGUGAAUCAUGUAAAAAUGAAACCAACGAAGCACCAGCUUGCAAAAGACUUAGGCGUGGUUCUUCUCAAAUUUUUCAACAGGCCACUGCAGACGAAUCAUUAUGUUCAUUGAAUAACUGCAAUUCGUCUAUGUCCUCAUCUCAAUUGCUCAAUGUAACCAAAUACUUGGAAACAGAGCUCAAAAAACCAGUCCCUGAAUCUUCUAUGUUAAAUAAAAUAUCCCAAUCCCUUUUGGAAUCUUGUUAUCAAGACGAUAUACUGUCAAAUUUUAGUGGAAAAUUAAAUUUCACUACACAUCAAGUAAAAGAGAAUGAAGUUGAAGAUAAUCAAUCAGGAUGUACUGAUCCUAUUAGUUCCGAUUAUGGAACUAUAUCAUCUGAAGCUUUCCAUGUCAACAAAUAUAACAAUAACACCAAUUCGUCAAACACAGUGAUAAAUUCACAAGUGACGAAUUAUCCGUCAUCAGGAUCUACGAUAACAAAUCACAAUUUCUUAAUCGACCCACACUUGCUUACUUCACGCGCUAGUGAACCACUUAAAAGUAUAGCUAAACAAUUACGUGUCAGUUCAUCAUAUCGAGUAGAAAAAAAGAUUGCACAGGCGAUUGAUGAGCUGGGCUUAUUUCCCCUUAGUGUUUUACAUCCAAAAGUUUCACCUUUGGUUGAAUCUAAAGAAGAUUGCGAUCCUCACAAUUUGUCUUCCAGCGCAGUAUGUCAUAAUGCUGUUUCUCAUUCGACAAAAUUAAUUAUCCGAAAAAAUAAAGUUACUUCAUCAAAUUCAGUGAAAUCAGGUCCAUUGAAACAUUCAAAUGAAGUUCAAGAUACUCUUGAGAAAAAUCAUAUUUUCAAAAAACGUCGAGUGAAUGAUGACAAAUCAUUAUCUCCUUUACCUGAAAAUCACAGAAAUACAACAUGUGAACCAAAUCCAACAGAUAUUGAACAUUCCACAGAAUUAUCAUUGUUACCUGUGAAAAUGGAAAAUAACAAUCCGAUUAUCGAUAACAAUAAUAAUGGCCGAAUUAAAUCUACAUGUUAUUUAAAAAGAUUAAAACGAAAGAACUUAAAAAUGUCAAAAUCAUUAUGUUAUAGAAAUAAAUUACGAAACACUGUGAAUAGCAAUAGUACACAUAAUGAAAUUCUAUGCAAUGGAAUAACUCCUAGUUUGAAUGAUUCGAUUGAAUCAAACAAAUCGGAUUGUAUUCCUAACUCUCAUCCUGAUCCAAAUCUUCCUAACAUCGACACUGAAUAUUUCAGUGACCUAGAUAAUCCUCCAGGAAAACACGAUCUACAUAUUAAUGUCAGUCCACGCAGUCGUAAUAGUUUCACUACUCAACUGUCGACGGAAAAUGAAAAGCGACUAAUUGAUCCAACAAGUCCUAAACAAAUCCACCAUUCUCUAAGGCAUAAUCGUUUUUCACCGAACAAUUUGUCUGAAUCUCAUUGUAAUGGGGACAGUAAUCCUCUAUAUGGGUCGUUCGAAAAUCAUGAACCAGUUCUCGUAAAUGGUGAUUUAUCACUAUCUGAAUUUCACAGUGGGAAAUUGACGGAAAAUGAUAGAUUAGGUGAUAAACCGAAUUCGAAUUGUAAUACUUUUGAGGGGGAUUGUGAAACAGCUCAGGUAUUAGAUUCCAACUUACACAGUUCCUUAAAUCAAAAUAAUGAACAAUGUACUACUCCACUUCAAAAUGGUCAACUCAAGUUCAAAAUAGAUUCCAACUGGACAGAAAGGACAAAUAAAACAAAUCAUUUAACAGGAAAAAGUAGUCAUGAAGCUUCUCCUAUAAUCCAGCAUAAUGAUUCAAAGUCACCAGACUGUGGUAUCAACACGGUGAUACAAAAUCAUAUGUUCUUUAGUCAAGAUACUUCAUCAACAGCAACUACACAGUAUGGAUCUGGUGCUGUUGAUGAUAUUGGCUGGGCUAUCGUUCAACGUCAACGGGAAUUGAGAUUGUUAUGCACGGCAAACCAUCGAAUGCUUCGACGACUCGUACAGGCAGCUAGAAGAGAUAUGCAACGCCAAGAAAUACAAAGGCGUUUAGCGAUUGCAGACGCUGAUGUUAUUGAAGCUUAUAAUAAACUAGAAAGUUAUCGUCCACAUCGUAAGCCUCCAUUGAAACGUGAUCGUGAUAUCUCAUGGAAAGCAUUGAAAGAACGUCGUAAAAUACUCAAAGAAUUAGAAGCUUUUGAUGCUAAAUCUCCUUAA